UGAGGCAUAAGACAAAGGUGUGUAGUGUCAAUUCCAGUGCUACUUCACACAACAUAGAAAAAGACAGUUUCCACAAAAUUAAAAAAAAUCUAAAUUGUUUUAUGAACGCAAGAAAGAUGCUGAAUAUGUAAGACGUUUAGUGUGAAGAGACAGCUUUCAGGACAAGGUGAUUGACAUGUGCCGGAGGUGGGGCAUCAGGGGUCUGUUAGAGACCGGGGUCAAACUAUAGGCUAUUAGGUCCAGGUGGCAUUAUUUAAAUAUUUUUUAGCAACAUUUUGAAAAUUAGAGCAAUAAUUCUUGCUCUGUCAAUUUCUUUUAUUCAAAUUAGAGCCAAUAGGGACAAUUAGCCAUACAGUCAGAGUGUUGUUUUAUUCCGGUACACUAGAGGGCGGUGUCACAUGUAACAUUGGUUCGUAAACCCAACAACAACAACAAAAAAAAAAAAAACAGAACAAGAAGAUUUCCCGCGAAGAAGAAAAUUGAAAAAACAUCAACAUGUUAGUUUUACAACUUGAGUAAACGUAUAACAUUAAUAACCGUGAAAACACCCGGUAACAUGUUGAGUCUGGAGACGUUAGAGAGUCAGGUAGCUGUUGUCAUGGAGACCGUGGUGGAGGCGGCUGUGACGGAGCUCCGCAGACUUCUGGACCUGUGCUCGGCUAACGUGAAAACUACAGCCGCUGAGGAGCGCUCUGCUCCGGCUGUGAAGGACGAGGAGCAGCGGGAGAGACAAGUGACUCCACCGGAGGACAACAAGUAUUAUAAAGAUUUAACGAACCAGUUUGUAUCUCUCAUGUCAGCGUGGACCAAAAGUGCAGCAGAGAAAAUACUGAUGAUGUUGAAAGUGUCUUUAUGUGAAGCUGAGGAUGGUGCUGCUGCAGAACAGAGGCUGACUGAUGAGACAAAUCAGACGAGUGUGAAGCUAAAAGCAACAAAAGCAGGGCGAGUGGCCGGGCCAAAGAAAGACUCAAAAAGCUCUCGUCUGAAGAGAAAGGGAGAACUCCUACCAGCAUUCACACAGGAGAAUGAUCAUUCAUAUCACAGAGUGGAGCAACAGCCUGAAGUACCAACCGCGGCUGCUGACCCAGAGUCUCAGAUUGAAUGUGAUGAUGUAGACACAGAGGUGUGUAACUCUGAGUCCACAUUGGAAUCUGAAGCUCUGCUAACAAAUCCCUCCUCAGAGCUGGACUCUGAUGUGAGAGCAGGUGAUGUCGUUCAGGAGGAAACAGAGACCGCAACCAACACGCUGGAGAAUAGAAAAAACACCACGAGACCAUUUCAGUGUCCUUCUUGUGACAAGUCGUUCACUCUGAAGUGUUUGAUGGAGAGACACUACCUGAGUCACUCCAAACCUCACCUCUGCCAGGAGUGCGGCAAACGUUUCUCGGUGCUGCGGGGACUCGAGGCUCAUUCGAGACGUCACACCGGAGAGAAGCUUCACAAAUGCGUGGAGUGCGGGACAGAGUUUGCUCACAAGUCCACCUUUGUCAGACACAUGCGUCGGCACGCACUGAAGCAACCGAACACCCGAACCUGCACGCUGUGUGAGGGUCAGUUCAGCGGGGCGUUGGCGCUGCAGCGGCACAGGUGCAGUGCCUUGAAUAAGACGUUUGUUUGCUCGCUUUGUCCGGAGACGUUUGAGUGCAGGCGGAGUCUGGCCGAUCACGAGAGUCUACACUCAGGUGACAGAGAUUUUGUCUGUGAAAUGUGCGGCGACAGUUUCUUCACGCCCUUGUCUUUGGCGACUCAUCGGUUUACUCACGUGCAAAAGGAGAACUGCUGCGACGUGCUCGGCCUGGGAUGCAGCGACUUCAGCGUCCUGAAGAAUCACCUCAGCAAACACACCGGAGAGAAACUCUUCUCCUGUGAGGUUUGUGGGAAAGGUUGCAGCCACAAGAGCGCACUGAAGCACCACAUGCUGACCCACACGGGAGAAAGGCCAUAUGUGUGCGAGACCUGCGGCAAACGCUGCGGCCACGCCAGCGCACUCCAGAACCACAUGAGGAUCCACACCGGCAAGAAACCGGGCCAGCAGCCGGUCUGCGACGUCUGUGGCAAGUCAUUCCGCUCCACGGUCAAACUCAAGUAUCACAUGAGCAUCCACACAGGGGAGAAGCCGUACGCCUGCGAUCAGUGUGGUAAAAAGUUCAGCAACCCCAGCAAUCGCAGGGUACACCAGGCGAUCCACUCGGGGGAGAAGUUGUAUGGCUGCAACGUCUGUGGCAAGAGGUUCACUCAGUCCACCAGCCUCAAGCUGCACAGAAGUAUCCACACAGGGGAGAAACCGUACAACUGUCAGGUCUGUGGGAAAGGAUUCCUGAACCGUGGGGACUUCAGGAAACAUCAGAGGAGUCACCUAGGGGUGACUGUCUGAAAAAAUGCAGUGAAUCUCCAAAAUAUUAAACUACUAAAUGGUCACCUUCUAUACAUUUGCUUUCUGUACAGUGGGCCCCAUGCUGGGAAUGUGAUGAUAAAUACAAUGAGACAACAGAGUCAGUCAUCAAUGAUUUCUCCAUCCUGCUCACACAGAUGAGUCAAAUCAUUUGAUUUCCUCCCCGGCUUUAGACCAUUGCUGGCUUCAUGUACGCGUAAGCUUCACUUAACCAGGAAGGAUAUCAAGAGGACCACAUGCAUCUUAUUCCCACUGCCAGAGGGCUAAAUGUGUUUAAAAUGUUUGGGUUCUCUCAUUCUCUUACAUGGACUUCAGUAUCCUGUUUUUGUGUUUGUGCAUGUAAACAUCAUACCCCGAUUUCAGACACCUGAUUUUGCUACUGUUUUUUUUUCUGACUUUCUGGCUGCUGACUACCCGUGCAGGUACGGCCUCAUCAGUACGCAAUCAGCAAAACAAACAUAUAGUAUGUGCCCCCUUCUGGCCUCCAAGUUGUAUUACAAUACUUAAUGCCCUCGUCAACACAUUUUGACAGUUCCACAAAAUAUCUUUCCUCAGUGCUUGUCUAAGAAAAUGUUGCUGACUGGCUCUUGAAGAGUUGAGUAUUGACUAGAUGUGAACUCUGGACCAGGUGUUCUCAGCUUCUGUUAGCAUUGGUUUGGUUUUGUUAAAAAAAAAAAAAAGUUAAAUAGUAUGAGAAUGUACCACUUUUUGUUUUGAGUUCAAACAGUUAUUAAAACAUACAUUUCUUUACUGUAA